AUGCCACGCACGAAAAAGGCUUUGGGCGAACGCCCAAUUUCCAGCGAUGCCAUUUUACCGAUGCAAGACCCUUACAUGACCCAGAUUACCGAUGGGAGGAAAAAUUAUGAGUUCAGGAAAUAUUGCCUCAAACCUUGUGUGAAAAGAAUCUGGUUCUAUCGAACAGCUCCGCACUCUAGCAUUACCCACGUCUGCGAGACUCUGCCCGCGCGGACACGAAAUCCCGAAGAUCUUCCGCUAGACGAGGACGGCCUGGGCAAUAUCGAAUUUAAUACUAGGCAUAAGGACUGGGAGGGCUACGACUUCGCCUACGAGAUGGUCACCGUCUACGAGCUUAGGCAGCCGAUAUCCCUCAAGGAGAUGAAGGAAAAGCAUGGUUUCAAGUCGGCACCCAGGGGACUUGUCUACCUACAAAAGUCGAUCAGUAACAGUGUUAACUGGAAGCAACAGAAGCUCGUAAGGAAUUUGAUCUUGAGCCUUCACUUGAGCCUUGGCUAA